AUGGCCCCGAUUGUGCUUUACCAUUUUCCGAUUUCGGCACCGUCAAGGUCGGUUUUGCUGGUGAUGCGCAACCUUGAACUAGACGUUGAGAUCAAAAUUCUCAAUCUCAUGGCCGGCGAACACAUGCAACCAAGUUUCCUCAAGAUCAAUCCCCAGCACACGGUACCGACGAUUGUUGACGACGACUAUAUACUCUGGGAAUCCAAAGCAAUCGUAACGUAUUUGGUGGAGCAGUAUAAGCCGGACAGUGCACUUUAUCCUGCUGAUCCGAAGGUGCGCGGUAUCAUAAACCAGCGGUUGUACUUUGACUCGACAGUCCUCUGGGCACGUGUAUUCUCUGCCGUUGCACCGCUGAUGCGUCAGGGAGCCACUAAUAUACCACAAGAUAAAAAGGACUCUAUCAAGGAUGCGUUGAAAACGUUGAAUGAUUACCUCGACGGACAAAACUGGGUGGCAGGUGAUAAAUGCUCUGUAGCUGACCUCUGUUUACUCGCUAGCGUUUCCACCCUGGAUAAAGUCGGGGUGGAUUUAAGCCAGUUUGCUAACAUCGUGGCGUGGUACGAUCGCUGUAGUUCUUUACCCGGUUACGACGAAAACAACGAAGGCGCCACUGGUUUCGGUAACGCCAUUAAAUCAAAGCUAGAUGAACCAUUUUAA